CGUUUACACCUGAUGGGUUUUCACGCGUGUGAAACUACGUAAAAUCACUUCCCCAUGUAUCGUUUGUCAGUAAUAUGUCUCUAUAAAUUUUGACAUUUCCUAUUCGUUUCGUGGACUUACGUUUCGUCGAUAAUAAGUAAACUCUCUCUGUUUGAGAGCGUACCGAGACAAAUAACGCAAUUACAUAUCUUUCUUACUUAUGUCAUGUGACGUUAUGUUAUUCUCCAUGGCUACGAGCGGCUACACAUAUAUACGCGGUUUGAAUCAACGAGGAUUCAUCGAUCCAACUUGAUGCGAUGCAGACGUUUUCCUAGUUUGAUUCGAAGAUAGAAAACCUCUUUUAUAAAGAGUGCGUGCGACACGCGAUACCGUUCUACGAUGAAUACCUCGACCGUACAUGCGAGUGACAGGUUAGCUUCGUCAUCUCCAGGUACGGCGUUUAACGCUCGCAACAUGGAACAAGCGGCAAUCGAGCUCGGUAAAAGGAGCAAAAAUUUGUGGACAGAUGCAAAGCAACCUGGAGAAAUGGAGGUGCCGAAUGUUCUGGAUCCAGACGACUCCUUGAUGAAGAGAUUCCAGGAUGCUCUGCGAGAGCACCUUGUUCGCGUCGACGGCAGAUUGAGCAGCGAAAUAUCAGAGCUCGAAGCCCAAAUAAGAUCAAUGGAAAAGGAAUACGAAGCGGAGGGUCUACGAUUGUAUCGCGAUCAACAGGAAAUAGCGCAACAGCAAAUGACGAUUGAGAAGUAUCAAAACAUGAUAACGAACAUAGUUUCGUUGCGCGAAGGGAAGGAUUCGCACGUGAGGGAAGCCAAGGAGAUUCACCGGGCCAUGCGCAUUAAAUUAUUGGACGAAAAAAGGAAAGAGGAGAACCUCGUGCAUGAAUUGGAGCAACUUGCGGCUUUACAAGCGCAGUUCUCGCAAUGGCAGACAGAGUUGGCGAGCAACUUGGCAGUUUCCAAGCGAGCGUCAAGCAAGAACAAGGUGCUCCAGCGAGAGCUGAUCGCUCGGAAGCAACAAAAGGAUUGCAUAAUAUUCAAGCUCAUGGAGGAAGUGUGGAGAGUCAAGACGGAGAUUGCUAGUUUGGAUGUGCAAUUACAAUUGAAAAACAAGGAGAAAAUUGAGAUAAGCCGGAUGAUCGCCGACGCUAAUGCCGAUCUCGAAGCGUUACACAGACAACACGUGAAUUUAUGCGACGCUUGGAAUUCCGUUGUGUCAAAUAUCGCUAAGCGGAAUAAAGUUUACGAGCAACUAAACACGGAGCGUGAAAAGAUACGCGAGUCCUUCAAUACAUUGCACACAGAAAUGGAAAUGCUAAAGAAGAAAACUGCUCAAGAGACGGAGAACAAUGAGAAUCUGACUUCGGUUCAUGUGCGAGUAGAGGACAACGUACGGGUCAAUUCGAGACUAGUAGAUACGGAAAGUGACAAGCUCGAUCACUUGCAAUCGGAAUUAGUAAAAAUGGCAAAAUUUAGCGAACAGGAACAACGUGAAUUUGAUUCGGUUCACGGCGAAUGGCAAUGUUCGUUGUACGAAGAAGAGGAAGCUGACAAAGAAUUUGCAAGAUUUCUGAUUCAACAGAACGAACUGGAAGACACGAUAUACAGGCAGCUCGAGGAAAAAGUGUCGCACGACAAAGCGGCGCGAUAUUUGAAUAAAUUAUUAUUGGGUACGAAAGAGACGAUGCAGGAACAGGAAUUGCUAUUGGCGGAAACGGAAAACUCGUACGGCAGCAAGUUAUUGGAAUUGGAACGGCUGAAUUUGCAGAUUUCUCUGGAAAAGGUGGAAUUGGGAGAGCUAGUUCAAGGUAACGCUGCAAAGGGAAAGCAGGUGGACGAGAUCCAGAAGGAGAUGAAGAAACAUGAUACGGGGAUCGAGAGGAAACGAGUAAAGCUCCUUGCUUUGAGCAAAACUAUCGAGGAGAUGUUAUCGCACACGGGCGGGGAAGAGAUCAAUCCGCUGGACAUGAAAAUAAUAACGUUGCAAAAGGACGUAGAGGAGAUGGAACGAGGUAAUCGGAAGGCGCAGCAGUUCUGGAUCCGCCGAGAGGGGCACAUGAUCACCCUGAGCCAGCAGAGAGAUUCGCAAUUGCGAGAGCUCGGUCUUCUUAACAGGGAGAUUAUGAUAAUGGAUCAAAAGAAUUUGAAGCUGGAGCAUGCCUUGGAAAUGCUCAACAGAGAGGAAUCGAACAUGGAGAGGAUAUUAAACCUGCUGCAGCAAAGAGCGACGCAGAUGAGCACGCAAUUGAUGGUACAGAAAGAACUGAAGGAGCAGUUAGAAGAUAAAACGGUCGUUACGAAAAUCGCGGGAUUGCAAUCUCUCCGGGAAGCGGAAUUAAACUUGAUAAAGCUGCGGACCGACUUGAAGCAGUUGUACGAGGAAAAGGCAUUUUUGCAGGACGAUCUAGAUGCGGUAAAGCAAGAAAGUUUGUCAUGGGAGAAAAAGGUGCAAUUGACACAAGAAGCUGUAAAGAAAUUGAGAGAGGAGCGUAGUAGCGGUGGCGACAUCGCAGUGAUGAAAAGCGAGAUUCAUAAAAUGGAGAUGCGUCUGUCGCAUUUGCGUAGAAUACAGGAGAAGUUGAUUCACGAUAUGGAGUUUUGCGUGACGCGAAGGGACAUUAUACUGGAUAAAGUAAUGAGCACGUUCAAAAAGGAUCCGAAAGGACGACACAAUCAGAAAGUGAUAUUCACCAAGCGACUCGCCGAUCAAAAGCUGAAGAUCAAGCAAAUCGCGAAAGACGCGAGAAACGUUCAAAGCAGGAUACUCGAGUUGGAAAGUCAAAUAAAGAGUGCACUAGAGAAAUGCAACGAGUCGCAGACAGUGUUGAAAAUGAUAAAAGAUGUAAUGCCAGACGUCGAUCAGGGAAUCGUACAAAAAGAAGCUGUUAAAUAUUACAAUUUGCAGGUGUUAGUGUUCAAGCAGCGAAAAUCAAAGAUGCUUCAGGAUAUUAAAAGCGGUAGAUACAGGAUGAUAUUCAAGAGUGACGCUACGCUGAGCGAAGAAUUCCAGAACGAAGAGAUUCUUCGCGAUUACUUGAAAAACGUGAUGGAACGGACGAGACAAGACUUUCCUCUAUUGCAAAAUAGCGUUCAAAAAAUACUUUUGACAUUAGACAUAUUAUAA